AUGGCUGGGAAGCCCAAGCUUCACUACUUCAAUGCACGAGGCAGAAUGGAGCCCAUCCGGUGGCUCCUGGCUGCAGCUGGAGUCGAGUUUGAAGAGCAAUUUUUGGAAAGUCCAGAAGACUUGGAAAAAUUAAGAAAUGAUGGGUCUUUGAUGUUCCAGCAAGUGCCCAUGGUGGAAAUCGACGGGAUGAAGCUGGCACAGACCAGAGCCAUUCUCAAUUACAUUGCUGCCAAAUACAACCUCUACGGGACAGACAUAAAGGAGAGAGCCUUGAUUGAUAUGUAUUCAGAAGGUAUUGCAGAUUUGAAUGAAAUGACCAUGCGUUUCCCACUAUGCCCACCUCAUCAAAAAGAUGCCAACAUGACCCAGAUCAGAGAGAGAACAACAAAUCGUUAUUUCCCAGCCUUUGAAAAGGUGUUGAAGAGCCAUGGGCAACACUACCUGGUUGGCAACAGGCUGAGCAAGGCUGACAUUCACCUGGUUGAACUUAUCUACUAUGUUGAAGAGAUUGACCCCAGCCUUCUGGCCAACUUCCCGCUGUUGAAGGCCCUGAAAAUCAGGAUCAGCAACCUCCCUCCUGUGAAGAAGUUUCUGCAGCCCGGCAGUCAAAGGAAGCCUCCUACAGACCCAAAAGCUUCAAAAGCAACCAGGGAGCUUUUCAAGAUUUAAAUAAAGCAGGCAUGGAUUCCUAGCACAUGCAGGAGCAAUUUUCUGAAGUUAUCCAACAGUGAAAUGCUCUACCUUGGAUUUUCUGAGAAUAAUAAGCUUUUGCAAGUAAUCAAAUAAUAAACUACCAUGAGCUGAUUUAGUUACAAUUUAUUCUUGUUCAUUAUGAUCCAUUAUUAAAUCAGAUUUUCAGUCUCCUUCGAUUGCAUCUCUCUUGGAAUUCAAAAUUAAAUAAAAAAAUGGAAACAUGGA